AUGUCUUCCCCUCGCAGUCGCGUUCACGUCUGCUCCGUUCUCCAAGAGGACAUCACUAUCUCGGGCUCCGUAUUUAAACCAUACAUGAGUUGGAGUGUCUUCGCCCUCCGGCUGUCGCGUUCACGUCAGCCCCCUUCUGCGCCAGCCAGAGCGACCGGCAGCGAGAAGUUCCCGCCUGACGCGCUGCGAGAGGGCGUCCUUCGUCGACGUCCUUUGUGUCCACCGACGCGCCUGCCUCCAGGAGCGACCCCGCCAGCGCGCCGCGUGGCCUCCUCGGGCGGCGAAGGCGACGGGCGGUGGCCCGCCCCGGGCGUCGCGCGCCUCCACUGCCGCCCCGGCGGACCCACCAGGCGCGCCACCGUCGCCGAGUGCCCGUUGGCGCGCCAGUGCCAGCGGGGUGCGACGCGGUUAUAG